GUAGUUAGCAAAUUCAAUUAGUUCUAUGCAGGAAAUAGAAUACUUAGAAAAUCGAGUAUAUCCAAAAUUGCAUACCGCUCUAGUAUAACUGAUAGAUCACGUGGUAAAGACAGAGGAGGUGAGAAAGCAUUAAGAAAGAUUGAAGAAAAUAAAAAUAUUUGAUCGGAUCGAAUAGAAGAAAGUGGAGAAGUAAAGAUUGAAAAACGAGUUGGGCUCAGCAUACGAAUCUUCGUCUCAGGGUUCUGCUGAGAAUGACGAUUUCUUAGGGAUGAGCUAAUAGCUGAUUAAAAACGAAGAUUCAAUUUUCCCAAUCAACAACCACAUACAAGCUCCUACAGGAAUCUCUAUCGACGAUCUGAGUCCUCAGGAAAUGAAGAAGGAAAUAAAUCUCGCUCUGAAUAAGAUAUAAGAGGAUCAAGAGGACGAGGAAGCACCAGAUAAGCAGGAGUUGCAACAUUUGAAAUAGUAAAUGAAGGAGCGAAGAGAGGCUCUAGAAUUCAACCCAUUGAUCUAUUUAGCACAUUUAUUAAGAGAAUUGUAGAAAUGA